AGCGGAUGUACAACAAUUGAUCUACGUGCCAUGCCAAAAGUCAAGAAGCAAAAGCUGAACAACAGCGGUCUACAUUCCAAAACCCAUGACAGGUGGCGAUCAGGAAAUACCGAUCUGAAAGCAAAACCAACACAGAAGACCAUCACAACUCCGAAGCGGAAGGAACACCAACAAAGACGAGCUUCUAUAGUGCCGUUCGAUGUAUUCGAUAACAUUCUUUUGGUUGGUGAGGGCGAUUUAUCAUUCACUCUAUCACUGCUUCAUGACCAUGGAUGUGCUUCUCUGACGGCCACGACGUACGAUUCGUCCGCUACUCUGCUUGAAAAGUAUCCCCAUGCCAAGGAUGCAGUACAACAGAUUAAAGAUGAAGACCAGGUGGUUCUACAUGGUGUAGAUGCAACGAAGCUCUCUUCAAAUAAAGACGUGAGGAAGCAAGGGCCAUUCGACAUAAUCAUUUUUAAUUUUCCACACACUGGUGGAAUCUCUACCGAUGUAAACCGGCAAGUUCGUGCAAACCAGGCUUUGUUGUCCGCUUUUUUCCAGUCCAGCAUACCGCUUCUGAAAUCACCGGACGGUACUAUCCUCGUCACGCUCUUCGAGUCGGAGCCAUACACGUUGUGGAACGUACGAGACCUGGCGCGACACGCUGGCCUGGUUGUUCUCCGAAGCUGGAAAUUUGAACGCGAGGUGUAUCCCUUGUACAAACAUGCACGAACUAUCGGCGUAGUUAAGAGCAAAAGUGGAGACGUCAGCGACACGGCAUGGAAGGGUGAAGAGCGGCCGGCAAGGACGUACGAAUUCGGACUGAAAGAAGGUCAGGGAGCUACUUCGUCCAGCCAGGGGAAGAAACGAAAAGGUACGAGCGCCGACAGCGAAGACGAUAGUGAUGAAUAAUACGAAACGAAAUCAGUACUAGAAUACGACUUCUAUCCAGCCAGGCUUUUCAAGUUUCCAUGGUGUACUAAUCAUCUCCAAUUCAUGAGACAUUCGGACAUUUCACGUCACUAUUGUGUGCUUCCUCUUGACCGCACAAAAUCUUUUCAACUAAAAACAUAUAAAUGCUGAUCUACUUACAUACAAGACCCAUAGUACAAAUCUUCCAACAGGUACUUACUAAAGCCAGUAUAUGUAGCAUCGAUUUUCUCUUCUUCAGCAACCCUAGACUGUACUACUGGCUUCGAACUGAAAGUCUUCCUCGCUUUUGUUUGAUUCAUGAUGUGCGGCUGCUAUGGCUUCGUUUCCAGGACUGCGAACGCUAUUUGAUAGGAAACUGCGCCCCUGUGUUAGUAGUUGUUAUGGACUAUUGAG